CCCCUAUGUACAUAUCACUAAAAAGUUUUCUUACUCCUCACAUUAAAUGUUUAAUUAGGGAUAGUUUAGUCAUAAUAGGUAAUUUUGUAUAGAAUUUAAUAUUUUCUUAAUGGGCGCGCUAAAAGUAAAUUGGACACUUAUUGUGAACCGGAGGGAGUAAUUUUAUAUAUCAAAAUUGUAAAUACUUAACAAUUAGUAAUAAUUUUUAUCAUUUCUCAAGGAACCAUCAAGUGCAUGCACUAAUUAAUGUUUAGCCGCCUCAGCAUCAUUUUCAAAUCUAAGAGGCUAAAGUUUAAAACUCCUGAAUCUUAAGUUUGCAGGAUCAGCGAUGGCGCUUCCGUCGGCAUUCAGUGAAAGACUUGAACAGAUGGAGCAGAGCAGAAGCGAGCGUCUCUCUGUUCUUCAGUUGGAGAAAGAGCUCCAGCAAAGCAAGUCUCAGGUGUUGGCCUCGAGAAUUUCCAACAUCGCAUCCAUGGAACAGCGUUGCCUCAAGCUUGAUCGCAAAAUUGCUUCUCAAUACUUGUUUAUCUCUUCUCUCAAGUCUCGCCUCCACCGCCUUGAUGCUGAUUAUCUCCAGAAUCUUCAGAAACACAGGGAUUUGAAGGAUGAGGUAGACAACUUGGAAGAGUUAGAGAAAGAGGAACAGAGCUAUUACAGUUUAGAAAGUCGAGAAAUGGAGGAAUUCAGGGAGCAGGUGGCAAAUUUCCUGGUUGAAUGUCAUGUACAGGUGGAGGAAUUGAGGAAUCAGGUCAAUGAGCUCAAGGCUAGAUUUGCAGAACUUCAAUGCAACCUUAACCAUUCAAAUAAUUCUGAGAUUGCUGCUGGUGAGAUGAGAAAAACACAACUUCUCGCUACCAAGCAGAAUUUGAAGAAAAGCUUGGCAUUGAAUUACCAACUGCGGGAGCAGUUAAAUAACCUACUUCUCAGUACAUUGAUGGGCCAAAGUCGAGAGAAAAACUGAUUUUGUCAGUCAAAGAAGCUUUUACUGCAAAAAAUGCAGAUUUAGAAAAGAGAUUGAUUAGAAAAUCGUGAAUGGCAUGAACAGUACUCUGAACUCAUCUGUAGCUGUACAGGUUAGAUGUUACUCCCUCCGUUCAAUUUAACGAGUUAGUUUGACGUCUUAAAAGCUUAAGGGUUAAAAGCUUUAUGGUACUGAUAUAAUUAUAAAAACUUAUUAUUAAAAGUAAAAUAGGUAAAAUAAAAAGGCGAAAUACAUAAAUGACCCCUUCAAGUUAUCCACAACGGUCAUUUGAACACCUCAACAGACUCUUUUACCAUUUUAACACUUCAAGUAGCUAUUAAAUGUAUCAAGUAAAUACCCGGCCUAGUCAGCCCAUCUCGCGUGUGACACACAGUCCGAAACGCGCGUUGCAUACCAAAUUAUGUUUUUUUUGUUUUUAAAAUUAAUUUGAAGUGGGCCCCAAAACUCCAACAUCUUCUUCCAACCAUUACAGAAUCAGUUGGCCAUUAUCGCCCCCUUCGCUACCACCGUGACUGUCAAACCCACAUUAGCAAACAAAAGUUUCAUCAGAUUAAAGCCCAUCAUUAACCAAAAAAUUGUUAAACUCAUAAUUCAUGAAUGAAAUCUCAGUAGAAUUACUUCAUCCAUCCAUUUUCGAAAGAUGUGAAACCCGGUUGCUUGAAUCAAAAAAUCAACUAGACACCAAUUCAAGAAAAAUUUACCCAAGAAUUUAGAAUACUCUACAAAGAAUAAUAAUUGAAAAUCCAAGUUUUGAAUCAAUGAAAUAAGAGAGAGAAGAAUGAAGACCAAAAGGUAGACAGAUAGAGGUCGCCCGAGCUGCCAAGCUUCGUCAAUAAGGAAAAGAUCAGAAAGGUUGGGAUGAAAUUGGUUAGUUGGGAUCUUUAAUUGGUUAGUUGUAGAAUAAGAAAAAAAUGGGAUGAAAUAAAGGGGAAGUCAGAAAGGGGAUGAAGAAAAAUAUUUGCGGUGAAGUAGGCACGGGUAUCAACGUCUAAGCUGCUGUUGGGAAAUCUGCACAGAUAGGAUCGCGGGGGGCGGGGAGAAAAUUUCCUAUUACCCUAACGUGAGACUGCCCCUCCAUUCAUCUCCUUCUUCCCUCACUCCCCCCUCCC